GAUCCGAAUAACCCUAUUGGCUCAACGUGACCCGCGAAUCUAAAACGAGCCAAUCAACAGCCCCCAACAGCUUCCACUGCUAGACCGAAAACAUACUGGCGUGGGGUCGAUUGCAAAGGCUUGUAUACGGAGUUUUAACAGAGCACUUCAUAUAAGAAAACAUUGUUGACUGAGAUCUGAUACUUGAAUCACUUUCGUAAUGGGCAAAAAAGAUAGUGAAGGAAAACCAAGAGGGCGUAUGUCUUCCUAUGCAUUUUUUGUACAGACCUGCAGAGAAGAGCACAAGAAAAAGCACCCCAAUGAUACAGUUGUCUUCACAGAAUUCACAAAGAAAUGUGCUGAGAAGUGGAAGGAGAUGACACCAAAGGAAAAGAAAAGAUUUGAAGACAUGGCAGAGAGAGACAAAGCACGUUAUGAAAGGGAAAUGUCAUCUUAUGUACCAGCUGGAGGCCAGACCAAAAAGAGGAAGAGAACUAAAGAUCCCAAUGCUCCUAAAAGGGCUCUGUCAGCAUUUUUCUUUUUCUGUGCUGAGGAACGUCCUAGUGUAAGGGCUGCUAACCCAGGUAUAGGAGUUGCAGAUGUUGCAAAAGAGUUGGGGAAGAAAUGGGAAACAUGUCCAAAUAAACAUAAAUUUGAACAGUUGGCCAUUGAAGACAAAGCAAGAUAUGAGCGGGACAUGCAAUUAUAUCGCAGUGGUGGUGGAGCAGGAGCUGGUGCAAGGGCGUCUCCUAAAAAAGCCAAAGUUGAGGAUGAUGAUGAAGAUGAUGAUGAUGAUGACGAUGAUGAAUAAACUAAUAGAUUGGGUUGUUUUAUGAUGUAUAUUUUAUUUGACAAAAAUCCUUUUUUUUUUUAUUGUACAUAUGCAUCUAUUUACACAUUCAUAUUUUCUUCAUUGCUCUACCACAGCUUGUUUAAUCACCAUUCUUUAUGAUAAUGGGCUUAAUGUUCUUAAAAAUCAUUCAAUAUUUGAACAAUUUAUUGUUGUAGAUGCUAUGUUGGCUUUGUCAACAACAAUGUUAACUUACUGUUUACUGCAAUAAGACCUUGGAAGGUGGGGGAAAAAAAAGUAACAUCAAAGACAUUUAAGGUGAUUGAUCUUUUCUUUUUUUAAAAAUAAAAAGUUUGAUUUUUUUUUUUUUAAGUGGCCUAGAAAUCAAGGCUGUUCAUUAUGGCUUUGUAAUACUUAGCAACAGUUCUGUUUAUUUGAUCAAUUUGUUAUAGAAUAUUGGCCCAGGGUGACAAGUUUUCUUUAUGGGACUCAAAAGUUUUUGUUUUUCCUCUGAUUUCUGUUAUUGUUGUAAUUAGACACAUUAAUAUUUUAGCAACGUUUAUGUAAUAUUUCUUGCCUUGCUGUUUGACUUCUCUUCAGUGUAAGUAUUUUGUCAAGGAUGCAUUCAAUGUAGAGUUCACUAAAAUAGGGAGAUUGCGUCUUCAAUAUGGUUCAUGUAGUUAGGAUAAAGUGUGUUCAGUUGGUCAACAUCACUUUUUUUUUUUUUUCCUAAAAAGUUAUUUCCUUGUGAAAAAUCAUUGCUAAAAGUGCAAUAGUAUUUUCAUAAACAUUGAAUAAGUGAAAACUAUGUUUUGUAGUUUAAGCCUUCAUUGUUUGUUGUUUUUUUUUUUUAAUUCAAGCAAAAAAAAAAUGUUUAUUAUGGACAUAGCAAAACAAAAUAGCUGCAAUGUUGCAAAUGGUGAAGAGAAGUGAUUUCAGAAUGGCCAAUUUGUUGUGCUCACUUCAACAAAAAGUUCAGUAGAUUUUACAUUCUUUUAUUUUGGCCAUUUUAAAAUCAAUAUUUGUGCAUAUUUUCUCCAGGUUUAUGAAAACAAAUGUAUGUACAUUAUUUUGACCAAAUAAAUCUGUUUUAAUUUA